UUUUAAUAAGCAUAAAAAUGUUUAAAUAUUUUAAAAAUAAAUUAGUAGUAAAAGUGUACUUUGAUGAAAAAUAAUUAAUUUUUAUCAAAUAAAAUAUUAAAAUGACUUCAAUAACAUGUUUAAUAAGAACAAAAAUAUAAUGUCUGAAUUCGGAAAUUACCAUCAGCAAUAUUUGUGCUAAAUGGGUAGUAAGAAACUCAGGCUGUUUUUGCGAAAACUGUUUUGCUUAUACAGAACUAGUCUGA